GUCCUCUAUUUGGUGGAGGGUAGGGUUGGAGGAAGGAGAAGGUCUGAGGUCUUCCCCAAAUUAAGAGGCUCACGCUUCUCACUCGGCAAAAACAGCCAAGAUAAAUUACAAUAUUUUCAGUUCCAGAAUCCAGACCAUAGCUUCAGACAAAUUAAGUAAAGAAAACCCACAUUGCAGAAGGGACCAGAUCUCUUCUCUCCUGCUAAUUUCAGCAUCUUCAAUCUGCAUGUGAGAGGUCUUUUUGUGGGUACCUUGGAAACAGGACUCCCAGACUAGAGAGAUCCUUUUAUGCAAAAGUGAUCCUUAAAAGCAAAAUCAUGAAAUGAUUUAACCCCCCACCCUACCCAAUUCAUCUCUUCUCUUUAUACUGUUACAGAUCUUGAUGGGAAAAGUAGCUUCACCCUUGUAAUUCAAUCCUCUGUAGGGAAUCCCGUGUAAUUUCUCACCACCAACCUCUGUUUCUUUAGCUUAAAGCGUCCUCUGUUUUGAUUACUCUGUUAGUGCGCUCCUCAAAGUCAAUAGUGGGGGAGAGUAAAGAUGGAUGUUAUUAGACGAAGAAAUGCAGCUAGAAAUGGUGUUGUUGCGGGUUCUGUUUGGGAGAGUAGAAUGAAGAGCGAUGAAGUUAAAGGUGGGAUCAGGGUCUUCAAUGGCGAGGAGAUUUCUGAGGUCGGUGGUGGCGGUGUUGGUGGCGAUAAAGGGCUUAAUGUUUACCGGAGGUUGAAGCGGAAUCAGAAUGGUGGAGUGACUGGGAAGAGGAAGACGUGGAAUGAGAGAAGCCCAUUUCAGAUGAGGAAGACGAGAUCUGACUUGAAAAGAUUAACAGAUGAUUCUUGUAAGGAGCUAAGCGUGUCGGCUGAGUCAAUUGAGAAAAGCCCAACUCCGAUUAGGAAAACAAAAUCAGAAACGCUUAGAGUUUCUCACUCUGAUGAAUCUUGUAAGGAGCUUGGUGUGUCUGUUGAUGCAACUGAAAAAAGCCCAAUUCAGUUAAGGAAGAGCAGAUCUGAAUCUCACAGGGUACCUGUUGAGCCACCGAAGGAGCUCCAGAUUAGGAAGGAGAAGAUUAUCUCGCCUAGCGUAAGCAAUGUGAGUCAGGUCAAUUCUCCUCGAAGAUUAGGGGUGGAUGAUGAUGGUGUUGAUGCUGAUGGAGAAGAUGAAGGAGAAGAUGAAGAGUAUGACAUGGAGAUUGAGGUAGAGAAGAAGAGCUAUGAUGUAAUGGAAGUUAACAUUGCAGAAGAGAAACCCAUUACCAUACCAGAACAGAAGCUCAAAGAAGUACUAGAAGAAGAAGAAGAGAAGGAGGUUUACCAGAUUCCAGAAAAACCAAUACCCAUCUCGGAAAAUGUCAAUGAGAAGCCAUCUCCGGUUAUAGAUCGCACAGUAAUGGAUCUCACAAAACCCAAGAAGGUUCUGAAUGAAGAGAAGAAAGUUCAUCAGAUUCAUCAGAAACCCAAACGCAUCUUUUCGAAAGUGAUUAAACAGCAAAGCCCUGUUAGUAGUCCUCCUCUAAUUGAUCCUUCUCUCAGAAAACCACCUCCAAUUGCAGUUUCUGGGGUGUUCGAUCGAAGUCCAGAGACCACUCCAAACAAUUUGCAAAACCUCGUGGAUUUGGUGAUGUGGAGAGAUGUAUCAAAAUCAGCUUUCGUAUUUGGAGCUGGAACGUUCUUCCUACUCUCUUCCUCUUUCACCAAAGAUCUCAAUUUUAGCUUGAUUUCUACAAUUUCCUACGUGGGUCUUGUCUAUCUUGCUGCAAUCUUUUUCUAUAAAUCAAUACUUUGCAGGGGAGCUACAGAUAUGGAUGAUUCAAAUGAGGAAUAUAUAGUAGGGGAACAAGAAGCAAUUUGGGUACUAAAACUGAUCCUUCCCUACUUGAAUGAGUUCCUGUUGAAGCUCAGAAGCAUCUUCUCUGGCGAUCCUGCCACUACAAUGAAGCUGGCAGUGUUACUGUUUGUUUUGGCUCGUUGUGGAAGCUCCAUCACCAUAUGGAAGAUGGCGAAAUUGGGUUUCUUCGCAGUUUUUACAGUCCCAAAAGUUUGUUCAUCGUAUUCUAACCAGCUCACUGCUUACGGGAGGUUUUGGAUCGGACGAUUUCGUGAUGCUUGGGAUGCGUGCACCCACAAGAAAGCCGUUUCAGCUGCCGUUUUUACCCUCGUGUGGAAUUUCUCUUCCGUUGUAGCUCGCGUUUGGGCAGUGUUCAUAUUGGUUGUGGCCGUUCGAUAUUAUCAACAGUCAUUAUUAAGCGAGGAUUGGGGAGUGGAAGGAGAGGAAAGAGAAGAUUCUGGUUGGAGGGACCAGAGAGAAGAGAAUGAUGGGCCCACUAUAGUGAAAGACAAGAAAGGAUGUUAAAGCCUAAAAGCCCUAAAGAUAUAAUAAUAGUGUCAUGGGACAUGAAACACAGCGCACGUUAGUUGUCUGCAGUAGUAGUACUGGUCCUCCUUUCCCAACAACCUCUCUAGACCCACGAUGGCAUGUGACGUGGUGGUGGUGGUGGUGGUGGUGAUGCUUAAGUUCCGUUUUUGUACAGAGAAAAAGAGAAAGUAUUGAAUUGUUUGCUCUGAGCAGUGCUUCCAUAGUUUCAUGCACUACUCUUCCUAUAAUAGACUAACUUUGCUUGGUUUCUUCC